AUGUCGACGCCUUCCACGGCCACGGCCACGCUCCCUCCCCAUCAUCAGUUCUAUUCUCACCACCAGACAUACCAGCCUGCCCUUUCCAAUGGGCAGCUCCCAAACGGCACUGCUCGGAUAGGAAACACGCUGUACAACGGCUACGCUAGCGGGUCCUCGAAUUCGGACCUACGCAGAACCGCAGCUGCGCACCGCCAGACGCAGCAACUGCCUCCAAUCGCGCCCGAAAUGUCAGACAGCGCAGCCCGCGCGGAUAAGCGGAGGGGCCCGGACUGGAACGAGUUUUACAGGAAUGGCCUGCCCAAAGAGGUCAUCGUCAUUGACGAUGACGACGAGGAGCAGCCUACACGCGCUCCUCCAGCAGCAGUGCCCAGCCGAACCGCAACAAAUGGUUCGACGAAACACACGGACAAGAAGAGGAAAACGACUGCUUCGACGGCAUAUGAUCCUGUGUACAGCCAGCACACAUCGUACUCGACUACGCAGACCCCAUACUACGACUCGCCUAAUGGCCACUCAACACCCGCCGAUCGUACCGCUUCUGCGCACAAGACCACCGCAGGCACCUCUAUCGGCUCGAGCAACGGUCACCACAUUUCACCUCUAGAUAACAGCGUGGUCGGCCAGAAGAGGAAGCGUACCCGAGCAGCCGUGCAGGACGAGGCUAAGGAAGCCAAGCGAAGAGAGUUGGAUGACCAGGACCCGUUUGCCCUGUAUCAACCGCCACCAAACCCCGUCAUCAAGGCCAAGGAGGUCUAUGUGUCUGUUGUCCCGGAUAAAUCGCACACUAAGGACCACAAGGUGGACGACGAAGACGGACAUUACAUGAUCCACCCUGAGGCUGACCUGACUGAACGAUACCAAAUCAUCAAGUUGCUCGGCCAAGGAACCUUCGGCAAGGUCGUCGAGGCCUGGGAUAGGCAGAAGCGGACCAAGUGCGCCAUUAAAGUCAUUCGAUCAGUCCCCAAAUACCGAGAAGCCUCUCGCAUCGAGCUGAGGGUGCUGUCCACCCUGAAGUCCAACGAUCAGUACAACAUAAAUCGCUGCAUACACCUCAGGGACUGCUUCGACUUCAGGAACCACAUCUGCAUCGUCACCGACCUCUACGGUCAAAGUGUCUUCGAUUUCCUGAAGUCAAACGCGUUUGUGCCCUUCCCGAGCUCACAUAUUCAGAAGUUCGCCAAGCAGCUGUUCACCAGUGUAGCCUUUCUGCACGACUUGAACCUGAUCCACACCGAUCUGAAGCCCGAGAACAUACUUCUGGUCAACAACAACUACCAGACCUUCACAUACAAUCGGACCGUCCCUUCCUCCUCUACGCUGACAAACCGACAAGCACGGCAUCGUAAAGUACUGCUGGAUCCGGAGAUCCGGUUAAUCGACUUCGGCUCCGCCACAUUCAAUGAUGAGUACCACUCGUCUGUUGUGUCAACUCGUCACUACCGUGCACCCGAAAUUAUACUCAACCUGGGAUGGAGCUACCCAUGCGACAUUUGGAGUAUCGGCUGUAUAUUAGUAGAGUUCUUCACGGGCGACGCUCUCUUCCAGACACACGAUAACCUCGAGCAUCUUGCCAUGAUGGAGGCUGUGUGCGGUGGCAAGAUUGAUCGUGAUAUCAUCAAGCAGGUGUACAAGCAAGAUCGGGACAGGCGAAACUCGUCGUCAUCUGCUGCCCGAUAUUUCAAGAACUACAAGCUCGACUACCCCAACACAGAGACUCAGAAGGGCUCAAAGAAGUUUGUGAAGGCUAUGAAGAAGCUUCACGAAACCAUACCGCCCCACACCGAGUUCAAUAGAAAAUUCCUUGACCUGCUAAAGCGGAUAUUCGUAUACGACCCCAAGAAGCGCAUAUCGGCGAAGGACGCUCUGCAACAUCCAUGGUUCCAGGAGACUCUACUGGAUGACGGCACGGAAGCGCACAAGAUCAGGCUAGAAAGGGAAAAGAAGCUUCGUGCGCGGCAGGAAGAGGAACGUCGCCUCGAUCGAUACCAACAACGGGAACCGCGAGGCUACUGA